AGUGUGUAAAGCGCAACCAAUCACAGAGGACGAAGGAGAAGCCAACGCAGAGCUGUCGUUAGCUUCCUGCAAAUUUUAGUUUCUUCUUAGUUAUUUAUAGAAUAUAGUUUUUUUAAUCGCUGGUCAUAAAAAAAGGCUAAUUUUAGCCGCUGGAAGAAUGGGUCGAAGCAGGAGUCGAACACCCCCGAGGCGAGAGAGAAGACGAUCCCGCUCGACCUCACGAGAACACGAGCGACGCCGACGGGACAGGGACCGCUCUCGCUCGAGGGACCGGGACCGAGAGCGCCGCAGAUCUCGCUCACGCUCGCCGCACAGAAGACGGUCCAGGACUCCUCCCAGACGCCAUCGCUCCUCCUCCCUCUCUCCUGGGCGGCAGAAGGACGAGCGGAAAGAGGCGAAAGACAAACCUGGGAAGUCCAUUCAGAUCUCAGCUGAGGAUAUGCAAGGCAAAACAGAGGAGGAAAUCGAGAUGAUGAAAACGAUGGGGUUCGGUUCCUUUGACACAACCAAGGGUAAGAAAACGGAUGGAUCGGUUAAUGCAUAUGCAGUCAAUGUUACCAUGAAGAGGAAAUACAGGCAGUACAUGAACAGGAAGGGAGGCUUCAACAGGCCGCUGGACUUCAUCGCUUAAAGGUGCCAGCAGCUCGUUUUUCACCAUCAGUCUCUCCUCCCUGCAGGAGGACAAGGACAGUAUGGAUUUAUUUCUAUUAAAUGUGUCUCGUGAUGCAGCAAGUCUUUUUUUUAAUUUUUUUUUUUUUUUAUUUAACCUUGUAAAAAGUUUUUCCUCCAGUUGUUCUCACUCAGGUCAGACCUGGUGGGAGGUGGAGCUUUUUGUUGUUGAGAUUUGUGCUGUAUUCUUAAUAAAUGCAUAAAAAAAAUGUUGGUGCAGUGCUGACUAUGAAACCUUUAUUUAUUUAUUUUUUCUUACCAUCUUUGACUCAUUUAUCCAUCGGUACAUCAUCAAACACUUUCUUUUCUUGCUCUUUUGGCUUCUGUAUACCUUUCUGCUUGGUUUCUUUCUUGUGAAUGUUUUUUCUGCUGAUAAGAAUCCAGCCUGGUAUCAUGGAGUCCUGCUUCUCAUCCAGUGCUGAAAAUAACUAACCACUAAUAAAUAAACGUAUUUAACCAAGAA